CCUCUCUCCCGAUCCGGCAGGAGGGAGGGGGGAGGGGCGGGAUUUCCUGCGGGAGGCGCAGAGUCGGCCUUGGAAAAGCAGCAGGAGGAGAAAGGUAUGGGGGGGUAGUGGGAGCCAGCGUGCAAAGUGCCAGGGACUGAGCGGGGCCAGCCGGACCCCCGGCGGAGAAGCCGGGAGAGGCUGAAGCCCAGCCUUCGACUGAGGCACUGCGACUCUUCCGGACCCCCAGGACCUGCCCACUGAUGCUACCCAAGGCCCGAGGGAAUGCUGGCUGCUCUUGGAGUAGGCACUGGUGCUCCUGAGCCGAGCCUGGAAGAUUGGUGUUUCCAGUCCUGGCCCAUCCCGGGGCUGUCAGAAGCUGCAGGCUGAUAUCCUUCCAGAUUGCCACACAGCUGCCACCUCCUCAGAGACGCUUUUCUGUUUGUGGUGGCAGCUCACGGAGCUCCUUGGGGGAAUAUCCAUCAGUACCUGACAAGGAGCCCACUGCCUAGGACCCCAGACGCAUUCUCCCAGGACUGCCCUAGGACAGGGAGACCUCCAAGGGGCUGAGGCAUGACACGCUGACCCUCUGCUUGGACCGGUGUCCUUGUCUCGGCCUUGGACUCCUGAGCCUAGACCUUGGCCCAGGAGCCAGCAUGGGUAGAGAACAGGAUCUGAUUCUUGCCGUCAAGAAUGGAGAUGUGACUGGUGUGCAGAAACUGGUGGCCAAGGUCAAAGCCACAAAGACAAAGCUUCUCGGCUCCACGAAGAGGCUCAAUGUCAACUACCAGGAUGCUGAUGGAUUCUCUGCUCUCCACCAUGCCGCCUUGGGGGGCAGCUUGGAGCUCAUAGCCUUGUUGCUGGAGGCUCAGGCCACUGUGGACAUCAAGGACAGCAAUGGCAUGCGUCCACUGCACUAUGCAGCCUGGCAGGGCCGGCUAGAGCCCGUGCGGCUGCUGCUCCGGGCCUCUGCGGCCGUCAAUGCUGCAUCGCUGGAUGGGCAGAUCCCGCUGCACCUGGCUGCACAGUAUGGACACUACGAGGUGUCAGAAAUGCUCCUCCAACAUCAGUCCAACCCAUGCCUAGUUAACAAGGCCAAGAAGACACCCCUGGACCUGGCCUGUGAGUUUGGGCGGCUCAAGGUGGCCCAGCUGCUCCUGAACAGCCACUUAUGUGUAGCACUGCUGGAAGGUGAGGCCAAGGACCCGUGCGACCCCAACUACACCACGCCUCUGCACCUGGCUGCUAAGAAUGGCCACAGAGAAGUUAUCCGGCAGCUCUUGAGAGCUGGGAUUGAGAUCAACCGCCAGACCAAGACUGGGACAGCGCUCCACGAGGCCGCGCUGUAUGGCAAGACCGAGGUGGUGCGGCUGCUCCUGGAGGGAGGUGUAGAUGUGAACAUUCGGAACACAUACAACCAGACAGCGCUGGACAUUGUGAAUCAGUUUACCACGUCCCAGGCCAGCCGGGAAAUCAAGCAGCUACUGCGGGAGGCCUCAGGGAUCCUGAAGGUCCGAGCACUCAAGGAUUUCUGGAACCUCCACGACCCCACUGCUCUCAGUGUCCGGGCAGGGGAUGUCAUCACGGUCCUUGAGCAGCAUCCCGAUGGCCGCUGGAAGGGCCACAUCCAUGAGAGCCAAAGGGGCACAGACCGUGUAGGCUACUUCCCCCCUGGCAUUGUUGAGGUGGUCAGCAAGCGGGUGGGCAUCCCCAUGCCCCGUCUCCCCUCGGUGCCCACCCCGCUACGCCCAGGCUUCUCCCGGAUGCCGCAGCCUCCUGCUGAUGAGCCACUGCAGCCUCUUACCUAUGGCCAGCUCCCUCGGGUGGGCCUCAGCCCAGACAGCCCAGCAGGUGACAGGAAUAGCGUGGGCAGUGAGGGCAGUGUGGGCAGCAUCCGUAGUGCUGGCAGUGGGCAGAGUUCCGAGGGCACCAAUGGGCACAGCACUGGACUCCUUAUUGAGAAUGCCCAGCCCCUGCCUUCUGCUGGGGAGGACCAGGUGCUGCCAGGACUGCACACCCCAUCCCUGGCAGACAACCUGAGCCACCAUCCUCUGGCCAGCUACCACUCUGGGGAGAUCUUCACCCAGGAGGUGAGGCCGGAACAGCUGCUGGAGGGGAAGGAUGCACAGGCCAUUCACAACUGGCUAAGCGAGUUCCAGCUGGAGGGCUACACUACCCACUUCCUGCAGGCUGGCUAUGAUGUGCCAACCAUCAGUCGCAUGACGCCUGAGGAUCUGACAGCCAUCGGGGUGACCAAGCCUGGGCAUAGGAAGAAGAUUGCCUCAGAGAUCGCUCAGCUCAGCAUUGCCGAGUGGCUGCCCAGCUACAUCCCAACGGACUUGCUGGAGUGGCUAUGUGCGCUGGGGCUGCCGCAGUACCACAAGCAGCUGGUGAGCAGUGGCUAUGACUCCAUGGGGCUGGUGGCCGAUCUCACCUGGGAGGAGCUACAAGAGAUUGGUGUCAACAAGCUAGGGCAUCAGAAGAAGCUUAUGCUGGGUGUGAAGCGGCUAGCAGAGCUUCGGCGGGGCCUGCUACAGGGAGAGGCCCUAGGUGAAGGCGGGCACCGGAUGGCCAGGGGUCCGGAGCUGAUGGCUAUCGAGGGGCUGGAGAACGGGGAGGGUCCAGCUGUGGCCGGCCCGCGCCUUCUGACCUUUCAGGGCAGUGAGUUAAGCCCAGAGCUCCAGGCAGCCAUGGCAAGGGGUGGCCCUGAGCCGCUCCCCCUGCCCCCAGCCCGAUCCCCCAGCCAGGAGAGCAUCGGAGCACGUUCACGGGGGUCUGGGCACUCACAGGAACAGCCUGCUCCCCAGCCCAGUGGCGGAGACCCCAGCACCCCACAGGAGAGGAACCUUCCAGAGGGCACAGAGCGGCCCCCUAAGCUUUGCUCCCCACUUCCUGGCCAAGGACCCGCCCCUUACGUUUUUAUGUACCCCCAGGCCUCGCCCUCCAGCCCAGCUCCAGGGCCACCUCCUGGUGCACCCCGUGCCUUCUCCUACUUGGCCAGCUCCCCUGCCACUCCUCCAGACCCACCUCGGCCCAAGCGCCGGUCCCAUAGCCUGAGCCGCCCUGGUCCUACUGAGGGGGAAGCGGAGGGAGAAGCUGAAGGGCCAGCCGGCAGUGCCUUGGGCAGUUAUGCUACCCUUACCCGGCGGCCAGGACGCAGCACCCUUGCCCGGACCAGCGCUAGCCCAACCCCAACUCGAGGCGCUCCCCGAAGCCAGUCCUUUGCUCUCCGGGCCCGUCGCAAGGGCCCUCCACCUCCACCCCCCAAGCGCCUCAGCUCCGUCUCUGGCCCGACGGAGCCACCUCCGCUAGAUGGGAGCCCAGGGCCCAAGGAGGGUUCUGCAGGGCCCCGAAGGCGCACACUGAGUGAACCUGCUGGCCCUUCUGAAGCCCCCAGCCUGCCCACUCCAGCCGGCCCUGCUUCAGAUACAGAAGAGGAGGAGCCUGGCUCUGAGGGAACACCCCCAUCUCGGGGCAGCUCAGGGGAAGGGCUGCCAUUCGCAGAAGAGGGAAACCUGACUAUCAAGCAACGGCCAAAGCCAGCUGGCCCCCCACUUCGGGAAACACCUGUGCCCCCCGGCCUUGACUUCAACCUCACCGAGUCAGACACUGUCAAGCGGAGGCCCAAAUGCAGGGAGAGAGAGCCGCUUCAGACGGCACUGCUGGCCUUUGGGUUAGCAAGUGCCACCCCUAGUCCCUCUGCCCCCCUGACCUCGCAGGCCCCCAGUGAGUCCACUUCCUCCAGCCCUCCACAGCCUGAGCCCAGCAGCCUGCCAACUCAGGGAGCUCCAGCUUCUGCUCCCAGUCCGGGAACACAGCCGUCUGGGCCCCCAGCACCCUGUGCUGGGCUGGGUCUGGAGAACUCAGCUGGCAGUCGGCAGAAUGCGGAGUCGGAGCCCCAGGCCGCUCCUGCUGCCCUCCUCAAGGUUCCCAGAGCAGGAACAUCCCCCAAGCCUGUGUCUGUGGCCUGUACCCAGCUGGCAUUUUCCGGGCCAAAACUGGCUCCCCGGCUUGGCCCCCGCCCUGUCCCCCCACCAAGGCCUGAGAGCACUGGGGCUACAGGUGCAGGUGGGGCCCAGCAGAGACUGGAGCAGACCAGCUCGUCCCUGGCAGCUGCACUGAGGGCCGCAGAGAAGAGCAUUGGCGCUGAAGAGCGAGACCGGCCCCCUGGGACCUCCACCAAGCACAUUCUGGAUGACAUCAGCACCAUGUUUGAUGCCCUGGCUGACCAGUUGGAUGCCAUGCUGGAUUGAGCAAGACCCACCUGUGGCUCCUGGCAGUGCCCGUGACCUGCAGUGUCCACUGCCUUUGGCCCAGCACAGAAGAGGCCGCUGCUACCCUUGGUACUGGCAGUGGGCUGGUCUGCCUGGGUCACCAGCCCUGCAGUGUUACUGGGAUAGCCCAGAGGCAGGGCCAAGGGGACUUGUCAGGACCUGACUAGUACAAGGGCCUCCGCUCUAUCUCAGCAAGCCCUUUCCCAUGUGUAACUAACUGGACAGCCCUGGCCCCUGGCCAGGGACCUCGGCAAAAGCUUUCUCCUCAAGGAGAGAAAGUGGUGGCAGGGCAGGGUUUCUGGGGUGCUUUCUUGCACCCUCCACCCUGUGUACCAGUCCCUGAGCCAAGGAAAAGCACCUGGCUACCCCCACACUACCCUGGCACCCUGAGAAGCAAGAGGAGGCAGCAUGCCCAAAUGGACCCCUCCCUGCAGGUGUACAUAGGACAUGUAAAUAUGCAACAGGGACGAGGCCUCGUGCUGGUGGCCAUGCCCCGGCCAGCUUCUGCCCCUGCUCCCACCAUCCCUCACUGGAAGCAGUGGGCUUAACAGAUCCUCAGUGUCCAAACUUUUUCAACUGUAAAUGUUAUUUUUUAAGCAGAGAGAAAUGCAUAUAUUUUAAAUGGAAUUUAUUGUAUCUAUUAACUGCCUGAGAGGACGUAGUGGGGGAGCCUUGGGUUACAGCAGUACCCCCACAGUUCUCUGGGCUGGAGGCCUGACCUGUUGGCCCAGGCCCGGGAUGUGUAACCAUUAACUUCUUUCCGCAACUAACACCAAUGAAAGUGUCAUUCCAUGCAA